CAGGCUGCCGGAGUCCCCGACGUCCCCAGAGCCGUCUCGGGUCGCGGCUGUUUGGCGGGCUGGCCCGGACGGGGAGGGAGAACUGCCUUCGACCGCCGCCCGAGUAAUUGACCUGGAACCCAUUUUCAGAAAAAGAGCUUCUUUCAAAAUGAUAAAAUAAUGAAAUGAGAAAUUUGAACAUUUUAUCCUUGAAUGGAAAUCUGAGAAUGAAAAGAGCGAUUAAUCCAAGCCAUGUGGUAAAAGCAGGAAUUUGAAGAAAAUGAAAAUGUUUACAUUUUUGUGGACAUGUGUUUUUCUACCCCUUGUAAGAGGGCACAGUCUUUUCACCUGUGAACCAAUUAUUGUCCCUAGAUGUAUGAAAAUGGCCUACAACAUGACAUUUUUCCCUAAUCUGAUGGGUCAUUAUGACCAGAAUAUUGCUGCUGUAGAAAUGGAGCUCUUUCUUCCUCUUGCAAAUCUGGAAUGUUCACCAAACGUUGAAACUUUCCUUUGCAAAGCUUUUGUACCAACCUGCACAGAGCAAAUUAAUGUGGUUCCACCUUGUCGUAAAUUUUGUGAGAAGGUAUACUCUGAUUGCAAAAAAUUAAUUGACACUUUUGGGAUCCAAUGGCCUGAGGAACUGAAAUGUGACAGAUUAAAGUAUUGUGAUGAGACUUUUCCUGUAACUCUUGAUCCACACACAGAGUUUCUUGGUCCUCAGAAGAAAACAGAACAAGUCCAAAGAGACAUUGGAAUUUGGUGUCCAAGGCAUCUCAAGACCUCUGGGGCACAAAGCUAUAAGUUCCUGGGACUUGACCACUGUGCACCUCCAUGCCCCAACAUGUAUUUUAAGAGUGAUGAGCUAGAGUUUGCAAAAAGUUUUAUUGGAAUAGUUUCAAUAUUUUGUCUUUGUGCAACUCUGUUCACAUUCCUUACUUUUUUAAUUGAUGUUAAAAGAUUCAGAUACCCAGAGAGACCAAUUAUAUAUUACUCUGUCUGUUAUAGCAUUGUAUCUCUUAUGUAUUUUAUAGGAUUCUUGCUAGGCAACAGCACAGCCUGCAAUAAAGCAGAUGAGAAGCUGGAAGUUGGUGAUACAGUUGUUCUAGGCUCUCAAAAUAAGGCUUGCACUGUUUUGUUUAUGUUUUUGUAUUUUUUCACAAUGGCUGGCACUGUGUGGUGGGUGAUUCUUACCAUUACUUGGUUCUUAGCUGCAGGAAGAAAAUGGAGUUGUGAAGCCAUUGAACAAAAAGCAGUGUGGUUUCAUGCUGUUGCGUGGGGAAUACCAGGUUUUCUGACUGUUAUGCUUCUUGCUAUGAACAAAGUUGAGGGAGACAACAUUAGUGGAGUUUGCUUUGUCGGCCUUUAUGACCUGGAUGCUUCCCGAUACUUUGUACUGUUGCCACUGUGCCUUUGUGUGUUUGUCGGGCUGUCUCUUCUUUUAGCUGGCAUUAUUUCCUUAAAUCAUGUUCGACAAGUUAUACAACAUGAUGGCCGUAACCAAGAGAAACUAAAGAAAUUUAUGAUUCGAAUUGGAGUCUUCAGUGGCCUGUAUCUCGUGCCAUUAGUGACACUUCUUGGAUGUUACGUCUAUGAGCAAGUGAACAGAAUUACCUGGGAGAUAACUUGGGUCUCCGACCAUUGUCGGCAGUACCAUAUCCCAUGUCCUUAUCAGGCAAAAACAGAAACUCGACCUGAAUUGGCUUUAUUUAUGAUAAAAUAUCUGAUGACAUUAAUUGUUGGCAUCUCUGCCGUCUUCUGGGUUGGAAGCAAAAAGACAUGCACAGAAUGGGCUGGGUUUUUUAAACGUAAUCGCAAGAGAGAUCCGAUCAGUGAAAGUCGAAGAGUUCUACAGGAGUCAUGUGAGUUUUUCCUGAAGCACAAUUCUAAAGUUAAACACAAAAAGAAGCACUACAAACCAAGCUCACAUAAGCUGAAGGUCAUUUCCAAGUCCAUGGGAACCAGCACCGGAACCUCCAACCAUGGCACUUCCGCGGUAGCGAUCACUGACCACGAUUACUUAGGACAAGGGACUCUGACAGAAAUUCAAACCUCUCCAGAUGUGUCAGUGAGGGAAGUGAGAGAAGAUGGGGUGAGCACCCCCAAAUCAAGAGAACAAGACUGUGGGGAACCUGCCUCCCCAGCAGUAUCCAGCUCCAAACUGUGUGGGGAACCGGCCAGCAGGAAAGGCGGGGAAGGCAAUGUGAAUGAUAAGAGCAGUGUAUCUGGAAGCGUGCGGAGUGAAGGGAGGGCGACUCCAAAAAGCGAUGCUACUGAAACUGGCCUGGUGCAGAGCAACAGCCUGCAGGUCCCCAGUCCUUCGGAGCCAAGCAGCCUGAAAGGCUCCACAUCACUGCUCGUCCACUCGGCCUCGGGAGUUGGAAAAGAGCAGGGCGCCGGCAGUCACUCAGAUACUUGAAAACCAGGUCAUCCAGUUACUCAGAGGCGGAUUUAUGUUACACUGAGGUGACCAGUACACUGUCUUGUAAGAACCACUGUUACAUUCUUCUUCUGUACUUAACUACAUUGCCUGCUGUUACACUGGAAACAAGAGGUGCUGAGAAUAGUAUGAUUCAUUUCGCAGAGAGGUUAAUGACAACGAUAUACCUGAAAAACAGAAAUGUGCAGGUUAAUAAUAUUUUUAAAAUUGUGUGGGAGGAGGGAGUUAGAGGAAUCUUCCUUUUUUUUUAUUUAUGAAGAUUCUACUCUUGUUAAAAGUAUUUUAAGGUGCACAAUGCUAUUUCACUUUUAUGAUAUAAAAUCGAGAUUUUUCUUUGCUGAAGUAUUUAAAACUUAUCCUCAUCUCUUUUUUUAUACAUUUGAAAAUAAGUUUAUAUGUAUUUGAACUUUUUUUAGAAGUCCUGGACAAUCUACUCAAAUAUUUUAUUAUUUUAUCCUGGUAUCUUAUUUUCACAUGACUUUGGUAGCUUUUACACUGAAUUUCUAAGAAAAUUGAAAAAUAGUAUUCUUUUGUAGUAUAAAAAAAUAGUGGGCACACCAUAAGGUGUUAUGAUAGGAAUUCAACUAAAAAGUCCACUUCCUCCACCUUAUCAUCUUCAGUGUGUGAAUAAUUAUGUCUCAUCAUUUUAGGAAUUUCACAGCUCUGCUGCACAGCUGAAAUAAGGUGCUUUUUCAAAGGGUAUCUCAUGUUGAUUUUAUUGUGUUGCUUGCUGAUUUUUCUGCAUUUUAAAAAUAAACUGUCCUGAAGGGUUAGUCCAUGAAAUUUUACUCUUUUAUAAAUUAAGUCAAGUGCAAUUGAUUUUCUUUUUUUUAAUGUUUCAUGACCACCCAAGAUUGUAUUAUAACCAUUUACAGUUGCUUACACUUUUGUUUUAACUUUUGUCUUUUAACAUUUAGAAUCCUACAAGUUCUUUGUCUUUGUGCAUUUUUUCCCCCUCAGAUAUUAUGUAGAAUUCACUUCUGCAGCUAAAUAGGAUUUUGCUGAACAUUAAAAAGUGUGUUAGCAGUAUUAGUGCCAAUCAACUGUAAAAAAUGUAGUCCUGAUAAAAUGUCUUUGAUCUAGCAUACUUUAAAAUACUAAAGAAUUGUCUUAAUUUUGGUUCCAACAAAGUAUUCCUUGAACAGGU